AUUAAGUAGUAAACUUAUUAGUAAAUUCUGUUCUGUUUUACUUCAGGAAGUUUAUUUAAAUAACCGGUGUAACUGAGUGAGGACGGUCGUGUCUUACAAAGCGGAAUAAAUUGCGAUAAUAUCGUCCGUAAUCCUUCAAAAUGGUGGCUGGGGAGAUUCUGCCUUUCCCCUUGGAGGAUGAAUACAAAAAGAACACUGGCAUCACCCCCGCGGACGUGAAGGAACUCCGGCGGUGGUUGAAGACGCAGCCUCAUUUACCUGACGAUCAUAUAACAGACAUGGACCUCAUCCUGGCGUAUCACUCCUGCAACCGAAGUACAGGUGUCACGAAGCAAGUGAUAGACCUACAUUUCACCCUGAAAACACUAUUUACACAAUAUUUUAAGGAUCGCAGGUUCGAUGCUGGUGUCGAACGGACCUUGAACAAUCUAUUACUCACACUCCUGCCCACCAGAACAAAAGAGGGUUAUGCUAUAUUCUACACACACUUCCUAAACACAGACCCCAAAGCGUUUGUUUUUACUGACGCUAUCAAAGCUGCUUUCAUGGUUCUAGAAUUCUAUCAAUACGAGGAAGGCACAUGGCCCGGUGUUACCUUCGUGAUAGACUUCGAGGGAAUGACCCUGGGGCAUGUGGCCAGAAUUGACUUGAUCAAUCUGCAGCAGUAUUUGUACUAUUUACAGGAAGCAAUGCUAGUCAAACUAAUGCAUCUUAACUUCAUCAACGCCCCAUCCUUCAUCGACAGAGUGGUGAUGAUGAUGAAGCCUUUCUUAAAGAAGGAGAUGAUGGACAUCCUUCGUAUACAUACCGUUGGGUCUGACAGUGUGAGGCAGCACAUCCCUAUGGAAGCGCUGCCUAAGGAUUUUGGUGGAAGUUAUAAGUCAUCAUCAGAAUGUAGAGAUGAGCUGAUAUCAAAACUUCGAGCCAACGCGUCAUUCUUUGAAAAUGAAAAUAAGAAGCGAGUUGUAGAAUCGCGCAGGCCGGGAAAACCGAAAACCAUUUCCGAUAUAUUUGGUGGAUUAGAGGGCUCCUUUAAGAAACUUGAUAUUGAUUAGGGAAUCGGUCUGUGAUUAAAUACUGUAUGAAAUUAUGGAAAUUUAAUAAGUACUAAUGUUAAAUCAAUAAGCUUCAAGAGAUAGGUACUAGAAACCCAUGUUUUGUUAAAGGUUUUAUUUUUGUUAGUACAAACAAUUAUGUGAGCAAAAUAUAUGCUAUGCGUAAUA